AUGGAGGGCAAUGAAGUGAUGAAGAUGAUAGUUCCAUCAACACAGCUCACCAAUGUUGAUGUUUCCGGCGACGGCGAGAAACAAAACUUUUUUCCGGAAGAGAUAGAGACUUUCUACGUCAAACUCACCAACUUGUUAAACUCCUCUGGACUCACUCUCAUUUUAAAUGUCCGACAAACAUCCUUAGACUUGUUCAACUUUUACUUGGAGGUCGUUACAAGAGGAGGAUACAAACAGGUUGGUAAACAAAAGAAAUGGGGUGAAGUUGUUUCAGCUCUAAAACUGGAAGGAAACAAUGCAAAGUUACCAUCUCAAACUAAAAAGCUCUAUGCAAAUCUAUUAUACGAAUUUGAGAAAAUCUACUUCUACAGGUUUCGUGCAAUUCAAACCGCAUCUGACACCACCAAAGAGUAUUUUGGUACACCGAUAGAAGCAUUACCUGAAAGGCUUCUACAAGCACCCUUGAAUGACAAAGAAAAGAAGAAGCCACGAGGUGUUCCGAGGGGGGCAAGUGGAUAUCAAAUAUUCCUCAAGCACGAAUGUGCCCGAUUAAAAGCUUGUCGUCAGGACAUCGAUGGCAAAGCAAUCCUGCCCAUGGCUGUCGAAGGAUGGAAGUAUUUGUCGGACAUUGAUAAACAGCCGUAUGUGGAGGAAAGCAAGAAGAUGAAGGAAGCAAUGAUGAUUGACAAUAAUAAACAGGAGAGCACUCAAGAUCUUAAAGGGAAAGAAAAGAUGCCUAGUAUUAGUGGUGACUACUACUGUGUAACUUCACAACCUCCUCAAGCAAAUUACUCUUUUGGUGACAAAGCAGCAUUGGACUUGGCUUUUAAGAUUACAGAAAAAACAUCAACUGAUCCUUUAUUCUUAUGUGAUUUGGAUGCUUAUCGUUCGGGAGAUUUGCUAAGUGGGAUAGCAAGUGGAGAAUCCAAAUGA